CUGACACUGACAUGGGGAAGAUGGCGGCGGCCGUGGGCUCUGUAGCGACGCUGGCGGCAGAGCCGCGGGAGGACGCCUUUCGGAAGCUUUUCCGCUUCUACCGUCAGAGCCGCCCUGGGACCGCAGACCUGGGAGCGGUCAUUGACUUCUCGGCGGCCCACGCAGCCCGCGGGACGGGGCCUGGUGCCCGCAAGGUGGUUAGAUCUCAGCUGAGUGUAUCUUCCGUCAGUGACCACGAUGCACAUAGAGCAGGACUUCAGCCAGUCAGCAAGUGGCAAGCCUAUGGACUCCAAGGCUAUCCUGGAUUUAUUUUUAUCCCAAACCCCUUCCUCCCAGGUUACCAGUGGCACUGGGUGAAGCAAUGCCUUAAGUUAUAUUCCCAGAAACCAAAUGUGUGUAACCUAGACAAGCACAUGACCCAAGAAGAGACUCAGGACCUCUGGGAACAGAGCAAAGAGUUUCUGAGGUACAAAGAAGCAAAUAAACGGAGACCCCGAAGUUUACUAGAGAAGUUGCGCUGGGUGACCCUAGGCUACCAUUAUAACUGGGACAGUAAGAAAUACUCAGCCGAUCAUUAUACACCUUUCCCUUCUGACCUGGCUUUCCUCUCAGAGCAAGUAGCCACAGCCUGUGGGUUUCAGGGUUUCCGAGCCGAGGCAGGGAUCCUGAAUUACUACAGAUUGGACUCCACCCUGGGAAUCCACGUAGACAGAUCUGAACUAGAUCACUCCAAACCCCUGCUGUCUUUCAGCUUCGGACAGUCUGCCAUCUUUCUCCUGGGUGGCCUCAAAAGAGAUGAAGCGCCCACAGCCAUGUUUAUGCACAGCGGUGACAUCAUGGUAAUGUCGGGUUUCAGCCGCCUGUUGAACCAUGCAGUCCCAAGGGUCCUUCCAAGUCCUCAAGGGGAAAGCCUGCCAUGCUGCCUAGAGACACCUCUCCCAGCCAUCCUCCCCAGAGAUUCAGUGGUAGAGCCCUGCUCUGAGGAGGACUGGCAGGUGUGCACCAGCUACUUGAAAACCGCUCGUGUGAACAUGACUGUCCGACAGGUACUGGCCACAGACCAGGACUUCCCUUGGGAAUCCAUGGAGGAGAAGAAAAGAGACAUCACCACAGAAGGUUUCUGCCACCUGGACGACAAGAAUUGCCAAGUAAAACGAGUGAAGUUAAACCCUGACAGCUGAGACUUGGAGAGCCCGUUCUUUUCCUCAGGCAGGUCUCAAGUAAAUGGCCACGCUUUCUUGUAUUGCCAUAGACUCUAGCAUCAGGACAAGCCAAAAAGAGAGACAGGGAAAAGCUCAUCGUGGAUCAUAGUGUUGCCUUGGAACCCAUCCUGAAGAGUAAAGCAGUUAGCCACUUUGCUCAUGUUGGACAUGGUCCAGUCUGGUUCGAUGUUGGCACUAAUGUAUGUGAGAAGUCCAAGGAGCUUUGACCUUCCAGAAUAGCCUUUCCAGCCUCUGCCGUUACCUCUGAGGGAGGUGGAAGUGAGUUUCCAUGUUAUUGGAGCCUUAAAUACCUCAGAUUUAUUAAUGAGAAAUCUGACACCCCUCCUGCUAUCCCAUCUAGUGAUUUGUGGUAUAAUUGUGGUUCCAGGAACCAACCAUUAGUCUCACCUUCAUUGUUCCAGCCAUCCAGUGAUCUUUUCUUCCGUCUUCUCUGGCUUUCACAGAAAAAUCCUAUACACAUUAAGACAAUGGAACUAGAAACCUCAUCUCCUAGGAAAGAAAUUAAUCACAGCUAUCUCUCUUGCCUAAAAGAUAAAAUAUAUAUAAAGCCAAGGGAAGGGGAGCAGUAGUUUCUCCAGAUUUCUUUUAGGUCUAAACUCUUCCUGUUGGCUUUUUAAUGCAAUUUUAAUUGUUGGACUAAAAAAACCCCAAGGGUGUUCUGUAACUGUUUUCUCCAUGAAUAAACUUUCUGUCUUUUAAAUUAAA